AUGGCAAGUGCCAAGCACAAGAAGCCGCCGCAGGCUCCACCACUCUUCACGCAUACGCCUGAGAGCUUGGCGAAGGAUACGAAUAGUAUUUUGAAGAGGAAUCAGGAGCUGCAGGAUAGAAUUGUCAAGGAUGUGAAGCCUGAGGAGGCGAGCUUUGACAAUGUGAUUCUGCCUUUUGCACGUGAUGACGAUCAGAUGAGUCUGGAGACACACAUCAUCGGCUUCUACUCUGCUGUCUCCACCGACUCGAAGCUGAGGGAUGCAUCAGUAGCGGCGGAGAAGCAGAUGGAUGAAUUCGCGAUCGACUCUGUCAUGCGGGAGGAUGUUUUCAAGCUGGUGGAUGCCGUAUACAAGAAGCAGAAGGACGACAAAGAUCUCGAGGCGGAGAAUAGACGGUUGUUGGAGAAGGAUCACAAGGGCUAUAUCAGGAAUGGGCUUGGAAUCUCUGCUGGCCCAAAGCGGGACAGAUUCAAGGAGAUCAAGAAGAGGUUGUCUGAAUUGAGCAUCAUCUUCCAAAAGAACCUGAAUGAGGAGUCGGGAGGAUUGUGGUUCAAGCCUGGGGAGCUAGAAGGCGCACCAGCUGAUCUGAUCACGGGCUUGAAGAAGGGCGAGGGCGAGCACGAGGGUAAAGUGUGGUUGACUUUCAAGUACCCAGACCUCUUCCCUGUACAGAAGUACUGCAGAAAUGCUGAGACGAGGCACAAGCUGUUUCUGGCGAAUGAGAACAAGUGCAACAACAAUAUUGAGCUUUUCAAGGAGGCGAUUGUGCUGAGAGAUGAGGCGGCGAGGUUAUUAGGAUAUCCCGAUCAUGCUACUUUCCGGAUCGAGGAUAAGAUGGCAAAGACGCCUAAGACGGUAGAUGACUUCUUGGGCGAUCUGAGGAAGCGACUUGCGCCCGGUGGCCUCAAAGAGAUUGAGAAGCUGAAGGAGUUGAAGGAAGCUGAAACUGGAGAUGCGGAGCAGUAUUUCUUGUGGGAUCAUCGGUUCUAUGAUACUCUGAUGCUUGAGCGGGAUUAUCAGCUGGAUCAGGAGAAGAUCUCGGAGUACUUUCCUCUUCAGUCUUCUAUCGACGGUAUGCUUAAGAUAUUCGAGGAGCUCUUCGGCCUGGCUUUUGUCAAGCUGGAAGCAGAAGACCGCAACGCCAUUUCCUCAACAGGCAAAGGCGACGACAUCAUCUGGCACCCAGACGUCCACCUCUUCUCCGUCUGGGACGACGAAGGCGAAGGCAAUGGCUUUGUCGGAUACCUAUAUCUCGACCUCCAUCCCCGCGACGGCAAAUAUGGUCAUGCAGCCAACUUCAACCUCUCACCCGGCUUCAUCAACGAGAACGGUACCCGCCGCUACCCAGCCACAGCCCUCGUCUGCAACUUCAGCAAACCCACGCCCAAGAAACCUUCCCUGUUAAAACAUGACGAGGUCGUCACCCUCUUCCACGAACUCGGUCACGGGAUCCACGAUCUAGUCAGUCGAACAAUCUACUCCCGAUUCCACGGGACCUCCACCGUCCGCGACUUUGUCGAAGCACCCAGUCAAAUGCUAGAGAACUGGUGCUGGACGCCCUCCCAGAUCCGCGCGCUAAGCAAGCACUACUCCCACGUCUCACCAGAAUACGCGACAGCGUGGCAGGAGAGCGCGAAGGAGGAGAAGCAGCCUGGUGAGCAUAUGCCCGAGGAGCUGAUCAAGAGUGUUGUCUCAACGAGACAUGUCAAUGAUGCUUUGUUUAAUCUCAGGCAGUUGCAUUUCGGGAUUUUCGAUAUGACUGUUCAUGAGCCGAAGAGUCACGAGGCGGUGGUGAAGUUGGAUGCUAGUGCGACUUACAACAGUUUGAGGCACGAGAUCAGUAAACUUGAUGGGCCGGAAGCGCUCGGUCAAGGCAACGACUGGGGACACGGCCAGGCGACAUUCGGACACCUGAUCGGCGGCUACGACGCAGGCUACUACGGCUACCUCUCCAGCCAAGUUUACAGCACGGAUAUGUUCUAUUCGGUGUUCAAGAAGGAUCCAAUGGAUGGGAAGGAGGGGCGACGAUAUAGACAUACUGUUCUGGAGAAGGGGGGGAGCCAGGAUGAGAUGGACACGUUGAAGCAGUUUCUGGGGCGGGAGCCGAGUACAGAGGCUUUUUACAAGGAACUGGGGUUGGCUUGA